AUGGCGAUGGAAGGCGCCUGCUUUGUCUUAGUCUGCUCUCUGGUAUUAACAGAAGACAGCAAGGCAAAGACGGGACUGGAAAGGUUUGACUAUACUAGGGCUCCAGGUGGAGGUUUCAGCAUGAUCUAUGGACCUGAUGGCUCAGAGCUGUGCAAGCCAUUGGGACCGGGAGAAAAUGGUAUCCUAUUUGCUGCUGUUGACCCUUGA